AUGACAUGUAAGGAAAAUGAGAUAUACCGUCACACGGCGGAUGGGUACCAAGAGACUUGCCUUGACGCAAAAGAUACGCCCGAGUAUAUCAGUGAACUACCAGUGGCUGAUACAUGUGUAUGUAAAGAGGGAUACGUUCUAGAUGAUAAAGCGUGUGUUGAGCCCAAAGAUUGUGGAUGUUCGUUUAAUGAGAAAUAUUUCAAGAUAGGUGAUGUGUUCGUAACGGACGACUGUACAAAGAAGUACAUGUGUCAACGAAACGGAACAGAGUCGGCGACGAUGACACUUCAGAACGAAAGUGAUGGUUGUGGAAAUAACGCAGUGUGUGUAACAAAGGAACGCACGAAACAGUGUGAUUGUCUUCCUGGUUAUCAGAGAAACGGAAAACAUUGUGAAAAAUCCACGGAAGAAGGCUGUAGAAAGAAUGAGGAAAGAGUGAAAGGGAAAUGUGUUUGUCAAGAAGGAUUUCAACUUGACAAAAAAGGAAAAUGUACAGAAAAGAAGCCAGCUUAUGUGUGUCCCAGUGGUGCCAUGGAAAAUACUAUUAUAUGUAGUGAAGGAACCUGUGCUAUUGGAGACGGAUAUACAAUAGUUCAAAACGUUGCCCCAGUCAUGACGGGUGACAAAGAUGAAUGUUUCAAAGCUGCCUGGUUUAAAGUUUCACAAAGUAGCAUUACCAUUUUACAAACUGGUUGCGGUAGUGAGUUCGUGGUUUGCUAUAAACAGACCAAGUUCUCUUGUCCGAGUGGUGCUAUGGAUGAGACUAUGCAUUGCGAAAAAGGAACAUGUUCAGUCAAAGAUGGCAACGUGGAAUUGAUCAAAGUAUACGCACCAAUAACGGGGACUACGGAAUCCUGCUUUGAAUCCGAUUGGUAUGAUAACAAUAAAAACAGUAUCUCCAUUAUUCAGGAGGGUUGUGGCAGUGUGUUUCAAGUGUGUUAUAAACAAAAGAAAGUUGAGUGUUCUUCAACCCAGACGAUAUCAUGUUAUGGAAAAAUCGGACAGAAAAUAGCCUGCCCGAUGAAUGGCCAAGGCCGCAUCUUAGACAUAAAUGUACCUUACAGUUGGUCCCGAAGCGAUAGCAGUAAGCCGUGUGACAAAGCUAUGAUAAGAUUUGACGAGAAAAACAUCUGGAUUAGCGAAGGCUGUAUGUCAGCUGAUGUCGAAGCUUGUAUUGGAGAAGCUGUGUGUACUCCAGAAUGUGGCUUCAAUGCUAAAUGUGAUGACGGACGAUGUAGAUGUCCAGAGGGAAUGAGUGGAAAUCCAAUAAAAGAAUGUUACGUAAACGAUCCUACAAAACAAUGUCCAUAUUCUGUUACAAUCACUAACAAGCUGUCUUCAAGGAGAAAUGGCGGGGCAUUCGCUCAUUCCGUGGCAAUGGAAAUAUAUGGAUAUACCAUUGAACUUUUACAGAAGAAAAGAGUCAAGGUUAAUGACAAGCUAGUUACACUUCCAUACCGCGCCCAAUCCGGGAAAGUUUAUAUUACCAGGAGAGGAAGCCAUGUCAACGUUGUAGCACCGGAGUGUGGUAUCGAAGUGUCUUUCAACGGUCGUAAGAAUGCUGUUGUACAGGUUCCAAAAAAUAAAGCAAACGAUUUAAAUGGAAUAUGUGGAGACUGCACCAACCUACGGAAUGAUGACUACAUCGUGCGGAACAGUGCUGAAAUCAGUAAAUAUCGUGUCUAUGACCCUUCGGAUAGUUUGACGAACGCACAGUGUUUGGUACCAGUUUCACCAUGUCCACCUAGAUUCAAGAAUAUCAUCAACCGUCUAGCUUGUACAAAUUGCGGGGUAAACAUGGAGUAUAGAGAUACAGUUGUUGGCUGCCAGCCUACCUGUGGCGCCCCGCCCCCAGAAGAGACAUGUACACCGCCGUACGAAGGAUGUGUUUGUAAGGCGGGUUAUCUCCUAAGUGGCGACAAGUGUAUAAAGGAAAGCGAGUGUGGCUGUCUUAUGCAUGAUGGUACACACAUUCGAAUUGGCGAUCCCAUAGUUCAAGACUGUUCAGGAACAUAUGAAUGCAUAGACGACAAUGGCAAACCUUUCCUAAAAUAUUCUCCUGGAGGGUCAGCCUGCAUAGCAUCUGCUAAAUGCGUGAAUACCGAUGGUAACUUCAAGUGCCAGUGCCCUGUUGGGUUCAAAGGUGAUGGCGUCAAAUCAUGUGAUGACAUCAAUGAAUGUGAACUGGGCACUGCUGAUUGUUCUAUCGACAACUCGGAGUGUUUCAACACGCCAGGAACUUAUAGGUGUGAGUGUGUGGAUGGAUAUAAAAUGGUUAAUGGCGCAUGCGAAGAUAUCAACGAAUGUUCCCAAGAUGAAAACGCGUGUCCAGAAAAUGCUGAGUGCACUAACGAAACUCCCGGAUUCUCCUGUAAAUGCAAAGACGGAUUCAAAAUGAAAGGUCAAAUAUGUGAAGGCAAGUAA